AAACAGUAAAUGCUUAUACAAAAUCGUAAAAAAUAAGUGAAAAGUUUUAUAAUGUCUAGUUGUUAUGUUUUUUUAUGUGAAAUAAUGCAUAAUAAAAAUUACUUGAAAAAAGUAUUAAUUGAAAUGUUAUUAAGAAAUGAGUUCUAAAAUAAUUGUCAUCACACAAAAACCCUACUGUAUUGUGUUCGCAACAUUUACUAAUUGGUGGUGGUAGGACCAAAACAGUGAGACUAUAGGAGUAUAGGUUGAAUAUUAUUUGUGGCUAGUAGCCUAUAUAACACGAAAGGAUUAAUAAACGCGAGUGGACAACUUCAAAUGGACAGAUAAACAAUGUUUAGAAAACGGCGUAAACCGGCAAACAAGUGAUAAGCAAAAGUGAACUUAGUGUUAAAAUGAAAAUACCGCCAUUUCAGUGUUCGUCAGAUGAAAAAUUGCAUCGUAAACACCGGUGCCGGGGGACCACCGAGUUCCAAGCAAAUACUGACGGACGUGUCUUGACGUUGGAUAGUUUUUUCAAACCAACUACAUACUGGAAACCCACGAACAUUCGAGUAAAUGUCAAAUUAACAAUGGAAUUAUCUGUUAGUGGACCAUCAUUUGAAGAAAUUCAAAUUCCUGUACCAUUCGGUUUUGUAAGUGGUAAAUGGUGGGGAUCAAAAGAUAAGCAGCCUAUAAUUGCAAUUCAUGGAUGGCAAGAUAAUGCUGGAACUUUUGAUCCUUUAAUCGAAUUACUACCUAAAGAUUUAUCUAUCUUAUGUAUAGAUCUACCAGGGCAUGGGCGAUCUUCGCAUAUCCCUUCGGGUUUACCUUAUUAUAUAUUUUGGGAUGGCCUAGCUAUUUUAAGGAGAAUAAUCAGACAUUAUAAUUGGAAAAAAGUUUCUAUUAUGGGUCAUUCUUUGGGUGCAGCUAUUGGAUUUUUAUAUGCUGCAUCAUACCCUGAUGAUACGGAAAUGUUGAUAUCUAUUGACACAGUAGCACCUGUCAUUUUUGAUCCGAGUGAAAUUGUUAAAAAUACAGGACCAAAUAUUGAUAAACUCAUAUAUUAUGAUGCAUUAGGACUUGAUAAAAUGCCUUCUUAUAAAUAUUCAGAGAUGAUUGAUUUAGUCGUUGAUGGACAUCAUGGAACAUUGACUCGCAAAUCUUGUGAAAUACUUAUGAGACGUGGAAUGUAUCGAGUUAAAGAUAACAAAUAUUUGUUUUCAAGAGAUAUACGUCUUAAGGUUGCGUGGAUGGGUUUACCAUCUCUAGAUGUAGUUAUAGCAUUUGCUGGUCAGAUAACAUGUCGCUAUAUGAAUAUCAAAGCUAAACCAUACAGAUCAUUAGAUAACUGGCCAGUUUAUUCACAAGUCUUGGAAAUAAUAAAAAUGAAUGCAAAAGACUUUGUUUUUAAAGAAUAUGACGGUACUCAUCAUUUACAUCUCAAUAAUCCAGAAUGUUUAGCUUCAGAUGUUGCAACUUUCAUUCAACAGUCUAUAAGCUGAUCAUUAUGAUAUCAUAUUAUAUCAUAUAUCUAACAUGUAAUUAUGAAAUAGUAUUAGUCUGGCUAUAUUAUACAUACUAUGCAUAUCAUAUUUAGUGAUAAUAUUAUUUAUAUUUACUAUAUAUUAUUUCAUAUUUUAUUUAUUAUAAUUAUAAUAAUAUACCUAGUUGAUAUACAAUUUAUCUAUUAAUAGAUAUAUACUUACAAUA